AUGGACUCAUACACGUACGAUUCCGACUACACCGAAUAUCAAGCCGACACUAAUGUCUCUCAGUGCUACUCGGGAGGAUUCGAGACCACCACCGGAAGCCUACAGACGGCGCUCGCCAGCCUAACAUUUGCUGUCAAAGGUUCCGGCGACCGUCGAGUCAGACGGCGCUCGCGAUCGCCCCAGAACAUCGACCGUUAUCAACCUGAUCGCGCGCGCGACUACGAUCUCCCCCCUCCCCGUCGCGAUGGAAACCAAAGGCGCUCUUCCCCUCCACCUGUUCAGGCUGGCAUCGAUCGCUACGUCCCGGGCCAAGACAACUUCACCCCAACCUUCACCACGAACCCGAUCCCUAAUCCAAUGUCCCUCGAAUACCAGGUGGGCUUCAACUUCUUCGCGGAGUGGUGGCGUGUUGAGCAGGUCAUCAAGGACGAGAAGGAGCGCGCGAAGAAUGGCGGCCGAAAGCCUGUACUAAAAGGCGAGCGCGAAGCUCGUGAGGAGCGAGGCAAGGAGCGUGAACAGAUUCAAGCCGCAUAUGACGAAUACAAGGAGAAGCUACAAGUGCAGAUGGCCAAGACCUUCGUGGACAAGCACAAGGCCGAGGAAUGGUUCAAAGAACGUUACGACCCCGAGUAUGACCAGGCUUUCAAGCAGAAGCUGAAGGAAUACCGUCAUGGCAUCUACGCUGACUGGGAGCGUCAACUCGACGAAGGUUACUUUGAUGAAUUCACGCUCGAAGGCAUCUACGAGAACGACUCUAACGGCGCAGGCGGCAUCGUCGAGAAAGAGGAGGGCGAGACUACUGCAGCCAAUGAAGUAUUGGGCGUGGGUGAUCUGUUGCCCUGUAAGGGCGGUGAGAUCAGAGACGAGUCUGCCUUCCAGCCUACACUUCUCAUCAAGACCAUCGCGCCCACAGUCAACCGCGAAAAGGUCGAAGAGUUCUGCAAGGAACACCUAGGUGAAGGCCCAGGGGGCUUCAAGUGGCUUAGCAUGAGCGAUCCUAACCCGCUCAAGAAAUGCCAUCGUAUUGGUUGGGUCAUUCUCCACCCUGGAGAUGAGCAGCCUAUGGUCAUCGACGACCGUGGCGACGGGCGUGAUGAAGAAGGAGAGGAAGGCUCAAUUGAAGACAAGCCUGAUGUUCCACAAAACACGGCCCAGAAAGCACUCGAAGCUCUCAACGGCAAGACUGUAAACGACGAGGUUCGUGGAAACUUUACAUGCCACGUCGGUAUCCAUGAGCCACCUGCGGCUCCUCGCAAGAAGGCACUGUGGGAUCUGUUCUCCGCUCCCGAGCGAAUUGAGCGUGAUCUGGAAUUGGCUGAGCGACUAGUCCGUAAAUUGGACAGCGAGCUCAAAGUCGACCACGAAGAGCAGUCUGGCGAAGUGGAUGGUGUGGCCAAGAUUGAGCAGCGCGUUGAAGACAUCCGAUCUAAGGGCUGGCUUCAGCCACCAGCCAAUGCGCCUGCACCAGUCAAGAAAGAACGAGACCCAGAGGAUCUUGAAGAGGGCGAAGACGAAGUCAUGGAGGACGAUGAAGGCGCUUUCGAUGACGAGGUCGAUGAUGAAGAGCUCUUGGUGAAGAAAAAGAAGCUUGAUCUUUUGAUUGAGUACUUGCGCCGAGUUUACAACUUCUGCUUUUUCUGCGUGUUCGAGAGCGACUCCGUCCACGAGUUGAUUCGCAAGUGUGCUGGUGGACAUCUUCGACGGCCCCGCGCCAGCUUGACGACGGCUGCAAAGGCCACGGCCAGGGCUACCGCCAACGGUGAAGCCUUCCCGUACCGCAAGCAAGAGGGCCAAGGCGAUGCCGAGGCCAACGGAGAUAGCCCCAUCGAAGAGCGGAAGCCGCUCAAGAUGAGUGGCAAAAAUCAACAACAGCUUCAACGUGCGUACAACUGGGUCAAGACCUACGAGGAGAAGCUUCUGCAAUUACUUGAACCGGAGAAUGUCGACAUCCGCAAGUUGGGCGGUAAGCCUCUUGAGGAAGCUAUGGAAGAUGAGAUGGCGCGCUACGUCAAGCAGGAGGAUGAGUCAAAGUGGCGUUGCAAAGUACCAGAAUGCACCAAGCUUUUCAAGGGCCAGCACUUCUGGCGCAAGCAUGUCGAGAAACGUCAUCCGGAAUGGCUGGAGAAGCUUGAGAAAGAUCUCCGGCUUGUGAACGCGUACGUCGUUGACCCAGCACACAUUGCUCCAUCCCGCAGCGAUGCCAAUAGUAAUGGCCACUUCCCCAUGGGCAACCACGUACAGGCCACCGGCACACCGCGCGGAUUCAACCUGGCCAGCAUGAACAUGGGCAUGCCAGGCAACGGCAUGCAGAAUGGCAUGUUCAAUCCUGCCAUGGGCAACUGGGACCCCAACGCUGUCCAUGAUGAUCGCCAGGCCGGACCCAUGCGACGAGGCGGCGGUCGCUUCAACAACAACCGAACUGGCCCUUACGACAGGCAGAACCGAGACGGUCGCAACCGACCUAACGGUGCUAAUGGCCGUCUCACACCUCCCCCGCGUGGUGGACGACCAGGGGUUCAACGUUUCGGUGACGGUGGACCUGGUCCUGUUCAGUCAACACAGGGUCGCUCGAUCAAGAGCUACGAAGAUCUGGACGCAGUAGGCGGAGGCGGAGGUGGAGAGCUCAACUACUGA